AUGUCUCGCCGCGAAGAUUCCAAGGCUAGGGAUGACACUGUCACCGUUAAUGUUGAAGACUUUACCCGCACUCGCGACAGUGUUGUCUCUAGCCUAGUGCAGCUGUCGGCGGCUGUCUCCGAGCUGACCAAGGCCUAUCUCAACCAUGCCGAUACUGUCCUGGGCCGCACCCCCACUGCUCUGGACAUCAGCAGCAUCACCGGCAUCACCAGCUCUCUGUAUGAGUCUGGCCUGCUUGGUGCGCGUGCCACCAGCCCUGGCGCCAAGUCCGAAGUGGGCGAGAAGAAGAAGCGCAAGCGUGCUCCCCCGGACCCCAACGCUCCCAAGCGCGCCUUGACCCCCUUCUUCCUCUACAUGCAGCACAACCGCUCCCGUAUUGCUGAGGAGCUGGGCCCCAAUGCUAAGCCUAAGGAAGUCUCUGACGAGGGUACUCGCCGUUGGGCUGAGAUGCCUGAAGUCCAGAAGGAGGUCUGGAAGAAGCUGUAUGCGGACAACCUUGCUGUCUACAAGGAGAAGGUGAAGGCCUACAAGGCUGGCCUCCCUUACUCGGACGAUGCCAAGGCUGCCAGCCAGCUGCACCAGGGUAUUGAGGGCGCCGAGGCCACCGAGGCGUCUGAGGAUGAGGAGCAGGAGUCCGAGGAAGAGUCCGAGGAGGAGUCCUCUCCCGAGCCGGUCAAGGAGCCCACUCCCCCGCGCAGCACCAAGCGCCGUCGUAGCGAGGGUAAGCCUGCUGCUAAGGAGGCACCGACCCCCAGCGAGAAGAAGAAGGAGUCCCCCGAGAAGAAGAAGCGUGGGGCCGCUGCCCGGAAGGAGAAGGAGCAGGAAGAGACCCCUGCUCGCAAGGCUGCGGGUGGCGAGAACAAGCGCGCCACCAAGAAGAAGCGCAAGAGCGAGGCCGGUGCUGAGGACUGCUACGUGAUGUAA